AUGAAGUUAUUCCGCGAUGAUUGUGCAUCGGCACAGUGCCGAUCGGAUGGCUUCACUUGUGUAUUUGCGCAAAUUAUAUCGGUGAAACCGCUGGAGAUAAAAGAUGAAACGGGCAGCCUAAUUUUGAAUGUACCAGAAGAAAGUGAAGUUUUCCUCAGAGACGCCCAGUGUGGUGAAUACUGCUAUGUGCUGUUGGAUACAAGCAAAAGACCGAUGCAGUGCAUACGUCUUACCACUCAGCUACCCGAAGUGGCGCAUCUUGCACAGUACCAAUUACAGAAAUUUCGUAAUAGCACUCGCUAA